CUAACAAGGAAGCGAAUGGCGGAAAUGUAGAGCCACCUCACGCUUUCAGUUAGUAAUUUCUGGCUAUAGCGCUUUCUUUUCUUCUUAAAAGCAGAACCGAUCCCAGAGUCCAGCAGAUGUCUUCAGGCGAAAGCACUACGCGGUUCUGAAGAAGCGAUGCGGUCGCUCUGAGUCGCCUGACAGGGUUUGUAAAGUGGAUGGACGGAUGGGCAGUCAGUGAGCCAGCUGAGAGCGUCCUGUCACCGACAGCCUGCCAGUUUAAACACCGACAUAUGGCCCUGCCGCUCAGUUAGCCGAGGGAGACGAGGAAACGACGCGAGCAUCAUGUUUCUCAAAACAUCGUUCACCACCCUGAUCGUGGGGGUGUUUGUGGUCUAUGUGCUCCACACCUGCUGGGUGAUGUACGGGAUCGUGUACACCAAACCCUGCAACAACCCCAAAGGUGCCAACUGCAUCACACCCUUCCUGGCUGGGAACCCCAAACUGCAGCUGAGCAUCUACACCGCUCUGCGGUCGAAUGCAGAAGGAGGCCAUACUCUGAUCCACAAAGAGGAGAACUUUGAUGUCAACAGCAAGUUUGAAAGGACAAUCAAUGUCUCCCUACCUAAGAAAACCCGUAAUAAUGGAACUCUAUACGCACUAAUAUUUGUCCAUCAAGCUGCCCACGAUCCGUGGCACGAUCCACGACAAGUUCACUUGGUUGCUCAGCUCACCACGUACAUGGUCCCUAAACCGCCUGAAAUCUCUCUGAUAUCUGGAGAAGAUAAAACACAGGGUCAGAAAGAAGGCCAGCAGAAGAAGCCGCAUGAUGCAGCGGCAGGGGGCGGAGCCAGAGCUGGAGCCACCUCUGUGUCAGACCAUCCAGUUUCACACUGGCGCUCCCGCCUCACUGUCAACAUUGUCGGCGACCACUUCCUCUUUGACAGAGAAUACCUCCCAAAUGAUGUCCACAGAUACCUCAGAGUGUUUCAGAAUGGGAAGAAGGUGGUGUAUCUACCUCUGCUGUUUGUUGAUGAGCUCAGCAACCGGGUCAAGGACCUCGUGGAGAUCAACAGUACCACUACAGAACUUCCUCUGACCAUCUCCUACGACUCAAUCUCUCUGGGCAGACUUCGAUUCUGGAUCCACAUGCAAGACGCCGUUUACUCUCUGCAGCAGUUCGGGUUCACAGAGAAGGAUGCUGAUGAGAUUAAAGGGAUCUUCGUGGAUACCAACCUGUAUUUCCUGGCCCUGACUUUCUUUGUAGCGGCUUUCCACCUCCUCUUUGACUUCCUGGCCUUCAAAAAUGACAUCAGCUUCUGGAAGCAGAAGAAAAGUAUGGUGGGGAUGUCCAGCAAAGCAGUGCUGUGGCGAUGUUUCAGUACCAUAGUGAUUUUCCUCUAUUUGCUUGACGAGCAGACCAGCCUGCUUGUCCUCAUACCUGCAGGGAUCGGCUCUAUGAUUGAAGUCUGGAAAGUGAAGAAAGCCUUUAAGAUUCAAGUUUUCUGGAAAGGAGGCAAACCCACAUUCCUGUUUGGAAAGUUAGAUGAAUCUGAGAGGAGAACGGAAGAAUAUGAUACCCUGGCCAUGAAGUAUCUCUCAUACCUUCUUUACCCACUGUGUAUCGGAGGGGCAGUGUAUGCACUAAUAUUUUUACGAUAUAAGAGUUGGUACUCGUGGCUGAUUAACAGCUUGGUGAAUGGUGUUUAUGCAUUCGGGUUCCUCUUCAUGCUUCCUCAGCUAUUUGUCAACUAUAAGCUGAAGUCUGUUGCCCACUUGCCCUGGAAAGCUUUCAUGUAUAAGGCAUUCAAUACCUUCAUCGAUGACGUGUUUGCCUUCAUCAUCACCAUGCCAACGUCUCACAGACUGGCCUGUUUCAGAGAUGAUGUGGUGUUUCUCAUCUACCUUUACCAGAGAUGGCUCUACCCUGUGGACAAAACAAGAGUAAACGAAUAUGGAGUGUCGUACGAUGAAAAACCCAAAGGGAAGAGUCACUAGACUCGGAGGAAUUUGCUUUCAUGAUCUGGAAUCUGUGGGUAUUGUCUUAUUUCCACUGGUGUCCACUCAUCUUUAUCAACUGGACUGAGUUUAAUGGUCAGGGGAAAAUGUUUGUUGUAUAUGUUCCAGGCGCAUUUGUUUUGUUUUGUUUUGUUUUGGGGAGGGUUACAGUGUGUGUGAUGGGACACAGUGACGAGCUACAUCUCUGGCCCUUUCAGACUGACAUAACAGCCUGCAAAUAUACACUUACAAUGUAACUGUUGUGAACUGCUUGCAAUCGUUUUUUUAUUUUUCAUGUUUUUUUUCCAGAGAUUUAAAUGCACAAAAGAAUCUUUAUAAUUCUUAACAAUGCUACGCUCGUGUUUUGAAAAAGUUGGACUCAGCCUGCUCUGACAGCUGGCAGAUGUAGUAUAUCUACGAGCUGCAGAGAAAGUGCUGCUUUGCUCAUCUGAGAGCUUUAUUCAGUAAGAAGACAUAAUCCAGUGGCUUGUUGUAUACCUACCAGAUAAGACAGCCUUCAAGUAAAAUCAAGAUAGCUGUGUGAUGGCAGGGAUAGAAAGACUGUGCUGUGACAAAAAAGGAGGGAGUGUGGCAAAGGUGAAGCAUUCUGACUGAUGUUUCAGGCAGCUCAAUAAUAUUGUUCCAGACAGUCUCAGAAAAAUCAGGCUGUAGUCAUAACUGCAGCUUUUGUGCUUAAGUGGCCACUAUUUCUAAAUUGGUAGCUGGUGUUUAUGGUAAUUGGAAUAAAAUAUGAAAGCUGCAAUAAGCAAAGGUAAGCCAUACAGAAACUAAAAAUGAUAUAUUGUUAGCUCUGUUGAAUAUGUAAAUUAUCAGAAAUUCAUUCUAUUUAAGCAUUUCUCAAUAACUUGGCAAUCUGGCUCUUAAAAAAAAAAAAAUUGUACAAAAUUAUAUCCAAAAUGAUCACGUGCAUACAGUUGGCAUUUGUUAGUUCUGUGACAAAGAACGGUCAUGUUUAAUGCUACAGUCACACUAGGGAAAACAGUAGCUGGAGGCCACGGCACGACCAAAAACCAUUCUGCCGGUGUUCUGUAAACUUGUAAGUCAAAGUGACUUUAGUGCAAGACAGCGGUGAAUUGGCGGUAAGGCCAAUAAGACAGUCUGCUAUCAGUUUGCAACUGAAUAGGAUCCAGUUGGCAAUUACAUGCAAUCUGCUUGUGAGGAGAUCUGUUGACAUCUGUUAUAAAUCUGUUGCUGUCUACAUAACCACAAAUUCACAUUAAACCCUAGCAUUCAGAGUCCGGCAAGUGUAAAAUGGGAAUUCCUCCACGAAUAGUGAUGUAGUUGAUGUGAAGUAUUUACAUUUUUGUUGUCUUUUUUUUUCCUCCUAGUUACAAGAAAGUCGCUGUCCUGCUUUUACUCUAGUGUGACUGAGCUGUAAAGAGGACCUGUUAUGCUCGUUUUCUAUUACACACACUGUUAUGAUGUAACUGUUCAUAGUAAGAGAUAAUUAGAUAAACACAUUUGAACGUAAUCUCUGAAUGGGAGAAACGAAACACCAAAAGCAAAACAAAACGGUUUACAGGACUUUUUUUCUACUUCCUUAUUAAUAUGAUGAUAUCAGCUUAUCAAGAAGAUAUGCAGACCUAUAUACAUAAAUUGACGGUGAUUAAGUUUGCUUCCAGUAGCUUACUUUUGCUUCCGCAAAGCAAACAAAGUUGCCAAAAGAAUAAAAUAAUAAAAUACAACGGUAUGCAUGACAGAGAGGGCAGCCUUAAAGAGAGAGCAGCUUAAGUAGCUUAUUUCGCACAAUGUAAAAUUUCAAAUCAACAUAAUAAGUAUGCUUUUAAAGUGAGAAUAACUGUAACAUUUGAGGGCAAAAUCAAAGAAAAUGGGAUUUAAAACGUGAACGUUUAGAAAUCCAAAUUGGAAAAGUGAUGCACUUGAAUGCAUCACUUUUCAGUUCUGCUGAAGAAGCGCGGAUUGUUACACAAUUCUGUUUAUUUGCCAGUAGAUGGCAGAAGAAUUUCACUAGAGGCAGAGGAGAAAGUUGUGAUCUGUUGCCAUGGAGAGAAGAUUAAUUGCCCAAGACAUUCCAGAAUCUUAAGCUUGAAAGUUCCAGAAUCUGUGAAGUUGAGUUCUGUAUGUUUUGUGUCUCUGUAAAUGGUACUGACCGUUUCAUGACAUUGUACCACUGACAGUCCUACUGUCUUUUCCAUCCAUCUUCUUCUUUCUUUUUUCUUUUUUUACAUAACUGGGCCAAGAAAAUCUGCUAGUGCCAAAUGUGAGAAUGAAUAAUGUUACCAUUGUACUUUCACAAUGGAUGGUACAUCGGAUCUUUUGAAUAAACACUGACAUUGUGAGAGAGAUGAUGACGGAAAUGUUUAAACAAAGUAUUAUUACACUGAGUUUAUGCAGUCAAAAUUUGAUUUAUUUGCCAUAGUUUGGGGUUUUUUAAGACUUUAAUUGAAAUAAUGUACUUAACUUUCAGAUAUCAUGAUAUAUUAGGUCUGUAUAUAAAGGUUCUGCACAGGAUUUAUGUUCCUUAAAAAUAGAGUUGGCAGAGAUUUGCCUUUAAAUUGUUUUACUUAUUGUAAUGUUUGUGUUUUUGAUUGAGAUGAAA